CAACAUACUAGCAAUGGCCUCCAACCUACUAACUAUAUUAUUUGAUAUGUGUUUGCACAUUGUAUGAACGGAAAGAUGAAAGUCGAUGACUUUGUUCUCAACGGUGAGCUGAUGUGAUGCAUGUUUUUCCCGCAGCAUGCCCUUUGCAGCCUGGUGUCGUCACGAUUCUGCUUUUGACCAAUCGAUUGUUUUACCAUGGCGGAUGGGGCUGACCUUCAGAAGGUCUUGCAACAGAAAAAAGAAGAACGCCAUCGCCUUGAGCAAGAAAGGCAAUGGCUCAUGCAACGAGACAGCAAAGAGCGCAAGCUGACUUCGGCUAUGGCCCUGGCCACGAAACGCGCCAAGAGGGUGAAGACCAUUGAUUUGUGCUUCGUUGUGGACCUCACGGCUUCCAUGCAGUGGUGGCUCAAGACUGUUCAUGAGAAGAUGGAUGAGAUCAUCGAAGAUAACAGGCAGUAUUUGGGAGAGCUUGCUCGGGUGAGGGUUGCCUUUGUAGGUUACCGUGACUAUGAUGACAAAGACCAUCCAGUGGUGCAUCCAUUUACCAACAACAUCGACGAGAUCAAAACAUUUUUGAAGCGUUUGGAGGCCAAUGGUGGUGGUGAUGUGAGUGAAGAUGUCCUUACAGGCUUGGAAGAAGCAUUGAAGCUAGAUUGGUCCGCCACAGCAAAGGUGCUGUAUUUGCUGAGCCAGACUCCCCACCAUGGCUGGCGUUUUCACCAACUGUGCGAACUGAACACAGACGCGCAGAGCCUGAAAGAAGUGGUAGCUGCUUCAGGUGUCCAAGACAAAGCGCAGGUGGAACGAUCACUUCCAAACGAAUUCUACGACCUACAUUGCGAGGAUCCUAGGCAGUGGACGCCUAUGGAUGAUGUCCUGAAGGAGUUUCAACAGCGAGGGGUACAAAUGGUGAUUCUUCGGCUUGGGACGGUCACUGACAAAAUGAUACAGGUCUUCAAACAGCAAUAUUCAGUUCCCGGAACAGCUUCAUUGGAGCUCAAGGUCUAUGAUGCUCGUCGAGAUGCCAAGCAUUUCCGCUGCAUCGUGUCUUCAUCCUCGGCGAACAGCUUCAGCGGCUCAGCUUCACGGAUGGGUCAAGCGAGAGCAGUCCCCCAGAAGCUGCUAACAUACGUCGUGGAUGACACGCCCGUGAAUUGGGAAGUCAGAGAUGGAUGGUGUACAGUAGAAGCACAACUCUACACCUACAUCAUGAAUGAAGUGGACGAGCCGCCGCAGAAGACCUCGUGUCCCUUCAUGGCAGCCCUUCAUCCAAGGCCCUUUGGCAAGGGAGCGAUGCGAUUUGCUUUCUAUCUUGUUGACCAAGGACACCCAGACCGCAAGUAUGUGGGCAAAGUCUAUCAGUUUGACGACCCUGCUUUCCAACAAAAGUCCACCUACGAGGGGGACAUGGCUUCGCAGGCGGUGGCUGGCUAUUUGGCAAAGGAGUUUAGCGUUCAGUACGUCGAAGAUCCAAUUGAGUUUGUGCAAGCUCAGCUUUUGGACUUGGGCGCUGAUUCAGACUUUCCUUUUCGCUUUAUGGCGAUUGAACCCUGGAUCCCAGGUAGGUAUGAGAAGUUCACCUCCAAUGCUGGCUACAUCUCCAAAGAUUCUGACUUGGCGCAAGCGUUCACACACUUCACUUGGGAAUUCACAGCCGGGGACAUCAUGGUCGCUGACAUUCAGGGAGGUGGUAACACCUUGACUGAUCCACAGAUUCAUUCUCAGGACACAGAUCGCUUUGGGCGAGGAAACUUGGCCACCAAAGGCAUGGACGCCUUCUUCUUGAACCACACGUGCAAUGAUAUUUGUCAUACUCUUAAGUUGCGAGAACAUCCUCUUCAGCCAGGCCCUGCGCCUGAAGAUGUCGUUGCUUGGCCAGGACUCGACGCCAUUCCCGAGAUGGCGACUUCAGGUCAAGACCUAAAGGUGGAUUGGAUGCCGUUGCCCGGUUCCAAACUCAGCCUCUUCCUCGAUGCCGUGCGGACAGACGCGAUGGUUGAGUGGCUUGAAGGAUCUGCCACGUGCACUCUCGGCGGCGCGGUGGUUGAGUGGCAAGGACGCUGGCCAAAGAUAGCGCAGGUUCUCCCAGAUUCACCUGCCUUUGACGCUGAAUGUCGAGCAGACACCUAUUUGGACCUCGUUGGAGCGCAAAAGGUGGAAGGGUGGUCAAGGGAGGAGGUAUUGAAACUCUUGGCCUCCGACAACAACAUGAUGGUCUUCAGGGCAUCCAAUGACAAGAUCAAGUCUAUGCUCUCGGAGGCCUCAAGAGAAAGUUCGCCAGCUCGCGGGGAUUUGAGAGACAUGUUGCACUUCAUGUCGGAUCUGGAAGAUCACCUUGAGCAUGUGCUUGAAGGUCUUUCUCGCAGAGAUGAAGCAAAGGGAUUUCUUCAUGACUUGUUUGCGAAGCGCCUCCACCUCCACAAAGACUUUGCGAAGCACAUGUUUCUCGACAGAUUGCGAUUGGAUGCCACAGAAAGGCUGCAACAGCCAGACAGCUCAGAGGGUUGGAAUGAUGAGCUUCAGGUGCCAUAUGACUCCUUGGCUGGGGCCACCUUCGCUUGGACCCAGCCUCCAAGGGUCCUUAGCGUUGCUGCAGGAUCGCCAGCAGAGGGGCAGUUGUCCAUUGGUGAUGCACUGAUUGCAAUUGAUGAAGAAAACACUGAAAGAAUGUCGCGCCUGCAGAUCUUAAAACAGCUAGAGAAUUGCCGUGGCAUUGAAGUGCGUGUGGGCGAUGCUACCCGUUCGGAGCAAUUUGAGCGUUUGAGCGGCUUGGAAGUCGGCAGCAUGGCUGGAAGGAGAAUGACUUGGACAGACCCGCCCAGCUUUCACGAUGGCAAUCUACUUUUGGAGAUUGGUGGUGUGGAGGUGUUCGGGAAGUCGAAGCAGGAAGUCUUGGCAUUGCUGAAAACAUCGGACGGCUGGGCCCGCUUAGAUCUUGAACACGUGAAACUGGGGAGGCGCCUCUCGAAAUUGGGGUGCCAAGACCGAUUGCAGGAACUCAAGGUGCCAGUUCACAUGGACUUCACUUGUCAAGGCUGUGCCCGAGAACCUUUGAUCGGUGCCUGCCACACAUGCAAGGAUUGCAGCGUGCACUUGUGCAGUGCUUGCUAUCGAGGCAGGGCGCAUGCGCACACGCCGGGUCACAGCUUCUCAGUGCUGGAGUACGCAGGGGCGGAUGCUUUCGAUGCAAAGCCACCACCGAAGUUGGAAGACGGAUCAGCUGUGGUAGUCAUUGGCACAGGCAAGAAGUGGGAUGGGCAGCCCGGGCUUGCCAUGAAUAUGGCACCGGCUUCUUCUGAAGGCCAUUCACUCUGGACUGUGCUGAUUGAAGGCGAGGACGAAGCGUUGGAACUUGAGGCUAAGCACCUUUUCCUUCGGUCUGAGGAAGCCCAGAAGUGCCAGGAGACAGACCUGGCAGCCCCUCAAAACCAGAAACCCGAAGCAAAGCCUGAGGUGCUGCGGAGUCAACCGGAGUCAACCCCAUUGCCAAGCUCGAAAAGCCAUAUACCGGAACCGGCCGAACCGAAGCCGCGUUUCACACUGGUCCAACCUGAGGAGAUGGGUCGAGGGUUGACCAGGCAAAAGUCAGCGCGAGAGCUGAGACAGGAAAUGAGACAGGAAAAGGGGCAGGAAGCGUUAGACAGAUUUCAGGCAGCCCCUCCCACUGCCCGCAAGGUUCCGUUGCUUUGCAAAGGCAAGUGCGGCACAAUGGUGGAGACGGAGAAGGCGGAUUACAUCAAGAAAGGGCAAGCAGGAGUUUUUUGUGAGCUUUGUUCUCAAAAAUGCAUUGCCUCAAAGAAGCAAGCAUCUUGCCAGAAGUGCACUGCAGGCUUCGAGUACUCUCAAUUUGUUUUGGAUUUGGAAGGCAGUCGCUCUGCUCCAAACCUUUGCAACAAUUGCCGUGAAAGCCAGGAGGAUGGCUGGGCAAUUGUUAGCGGACCCAUUUCCAGCACCUGAGCCAUCACGUUUUUGCGAAUUGUUGCAUGUUGUUAUAUACCCAUUGC